AUGGAGCUUUGUUUCCACACUUCUUGCAAUUUCGAAACCCUAACAUUGAUUUCUCCUCCUUUACAAUCCUAUAACUUUAGUUCUAACUCUGUAUUCUUCUCUCCUCGUCGCGUAACCUUGUUCCCUGGUUGCCACGGUGGUCGAGUCGCUGUUUCCGCCUCGUUUCACCACGGAGAUACGAACCCUAGCUCUAAUUCUUCGCAGACUAAUCAUGAGGAACAUUUCUCUCUCGCGAAGAAUUCCAUUUCUGGGUUUCUCCGACAAGAGAUUGGACUCGCCGAGGUCGAUUCAGAUUUCAUCUCUGAGAAUUGUCCUAAAUACACGCGAAUGAUCGUUGAGGGUGUUAGGGAUUUGGAGGAAUGGAAUUCGUGGAAGGGAAGUGGAGAAUCAGAGGGUUUAGGGUUUAAGGAGAAAGUGAUUUAUAUGGUGAAGCAGAAAGGUGAUGGUGGUAAAGUUGCCUUUUUGGAGAGUCUUGGUUUGAGUUUGUCUUCUGCAAUGUAUUUGGCUCAUUACCUUUCCUCUGAAUCGCUCCCGAAACUUCUCGAUAAGGUUAAGUACCUGAAGGAAAUAUUCUUUUCUGGCAGUGAUGAGAAUGGUGUGGUUGGAAAGUAUGCACGAAGAAUGAUGCUCUACUUAUCCAUUCCUAUUGAUGAAGAUGUGCAGCAAACUCUUUCCUUUUUCGAAAAGAUUGAAGCAAGGCGUGGAGGCUUGGACAUGUUGGGAUCUGUAGAUGCGUCUUUCAGAUUUUUAAUUGAGUCAUUCCCUCGGCUUCUUUUACUUUCAGAAGAGAAUGAUAUGAAGCCUAUGGUAGAGUUUCUUGAAAGCAUUGGUAUUCCUAAAGAUUGCUCGGGAAAGUUACUACUCUUGUACCCUCCUAUCAUGCUUGGCAAAACCGAGGAGAGUAAAAGAAGGGUAGCCGCAGCUCUGGAAAAGGUUAAUGCAGUGAAUAAUGGAAAAGUGUUGCUGAAAUAUCCAUGGAUUCUUUCACCAAGCAUACAAGAAAACUAUUCGCACAUUGUCUCAUUGUUAGAGCGUGAAUCAGUGCUCAAAAUGGAUAUAGACCACGCAAUUAGGAGAUGGCCUCUACUCCUCGGUUGCUCGACAAGCAAUAUGAAGUUGAUGGUGGAGGAAUUUGAUAAACUAGGUGUUAGAAAUAAAAGGAUGGGGAAGGUUAUACCCAAGAUGCCUCAGCUUUUGUUAUGUAAACCCCAAGAGUUUCUCAAGGUCAAAUACUUUGUCGAUGUCCUGAAAUAUUUGGCUGCAGCUAUCGACAAAACCCUGCAGAAAAAGCUGACAUUUCUCACUCGUUUCGGUGUUUCGAGUUCCCAUUUUCCCCGAAUCAUAAAGAAAUACCYGGAAUUUCUCAUAUACGACGCAGACAAAACAGUACUUCCUCGGCUAAAGUACCUAAUGGAGAUUGGGAUAUCAGAGAGGGAGCUUGCCUUCAUGAUUCGUAAAUUCUCACCGAUAUUAGGAUACAGCAUUGACAAAGUACUUAGACCCAAGUUAGAAUUCUUGGUGAACAGCAUGGAGAAACCGGUUAGAGAGGUAGUAGAUUACCCGAGGUAUUUCAGUUAUUCGCUGGAGAAGAGGAUAAAACCGCGGUUUUGGGUACUCAAAGGGAGGAACAUAGAAUGUAAAUUACACGAAAUGUUAGGCAAAAACGAUGAAGAGUUUGCUGCUGAUUUCUUGGGUUUAGGAGAGCUUCAAACUCACAAUGAAAUCUCUUAG